UUUCACUUCCCUUCCCUUGCUUCAAUUUAGUUCAAAGAAACUACUCCCACAAUGGGCUUCAUUAAGGGAUUCCUGAAGCUCACUACCUACGGCGGUCUCGCCACAGCGGGCACCUUCUUCUACACCACACGCAAUGCCGUCUUCGUACCCAUGACCCCCGCGGAUCCCAUUUUCCAAUCCGCCGCCUAUCGCAAGCAAAAUCCCUCCCAAAACCCGACCACCCACGAUCUCUGCGUUCGCAAAGUACCCUUGUCCGAAAUCAACCCGAGCCUAUUAGAGAAGAAGGGCAAAUUAGCCGAAGCUUUCUGUGCCGGAGUCUGGAGCGGCUGGGGAUAUGCCUUCCAACGCGCUUACCUCGCCCGGAAAUACCAAGGCUCUGAGACCGCCAGCCACCUCUGGGAACGGUCGGAAUUGAAAGCCUCCACCUACGAUGUCGGCACCUUGAUUACCGACCACUUCGAGGUUAUUGAGAAGACCCCCGAGCGGAUCGUUGUUCGCUGCGGUGAUAGUCCCCGCACACAGGGAGUUCGCGACUCGGACGGUUUGUUCGAGAUAUCGGCUGUCGUUAAGCCUGAGGAGGGCGUUGCUGAGUUUGCCCUCAAGAGCUGUUUUUUCCAGGGACUGGGCAAGGCUGAGAAUGCGCCUAUGCCGACGCAUAUUGAUUGGCUGCAUAAGCAGUAUACGAAGUUAUUGGCUGAGACGGCUAUUCGGAAUGUUCUGCGCCAGUGAACGCGCGUGACUAUAUGAUACUCGGUUGGUGUUCGGUUGUCACUGAGAUUGUUGCUUUGUACAUAAUACCCUCCUGUGUGGCGACUUUGGAUGAUACUUGACCCCGUGGUAUAUGUGGAUGGAAAGCGAUGGAGAUAUUAGGUGAUAAUGCGUGCCUCUUUGAGGAUCUUAUAA